UUCAAGUUGGCGGCUAUGAGACCCAGUCACAAUGCCUCAUCCCCAUACCGAUACCGAUUUGUCACUUGCAUCCCACACAGACACGGCACACAUCACUUUGCGCAAGGAAAGUGGAGCAGAUGACCAGUCACAAGGAAUCUUUUUUUUUCCCUUCUUCUUCCUUUUCUCCCCGAUACGUUGGUCGUUUUGGAAAGUCACAGAUCGUCGAUCUUACUCAUCGCUGAUCAGAUAGAAAUGAUAAAC